AUGGGUAAGAAGAAGGGUUCGGGCAAGGCGUCGAAGAGGGAAGGGAUGAGCCUGCGCUCGGUCGAGGAGGCGAAGCUGGGCCUGGCCACGCCCAACGACCGACGACACGACGCCCUGUUCGCGGCCGCCCCAGACCUCAUGGCCCUCUGUUUCGCUUUCGCGCGUACCGACUACAACGACGACGUUGGAUCGAAAGAUAGGUUCGAGCUGCGUAGCAAAGGCGACCACGAUGCGCGAACAGUGCGCCAGACCGCCAGUUCGGAGCUACGCGUGGCGAUGGUCAAAAUGGCGGAGCAACUGCGACACCGCACGGUGGAUGCGAUCAAUCAACUUCUCGCCGGCGACGAUGAAAUGGCUGUGCGCGCCGCCCGGAUGAAGCUGCACGCCGAGCUACAUGCCCUGGAGCAACUCGCGAGCGAAGGCGUUCGCCUCGUCGACGAUGCCCACAGGCGACACAGGAAUUCCGAGAAUGUCGGUGCUGGACUACCCAAGGCAAGGGCCGACGACGUGGGCGGCCACCACCACAAGAGAAGAGGAGAGGCACAGAUCAAAGAGGAGGAAGACGAACGUCGACUGCUCGCAUCGAUGCGAAGCGCCUGCGGAGUCUUGGAAUACCUGUACGCCCAGGCCAUCUGCGCGAGUAGCGAGUCCCAAAUCGAAGGCUUGUCAGCGUUGGGGUCGUGGGCUCCUCUGGGCGCUCAGGUGGUCAGCCAGCUGGUCUCAGUCGUCGACUCGGUCGUCUCCGCCGGCCGAGUCCUGGACCCCGCCAGGCACCCGCAGGGCCUCGGGCUCCACAUCGCUGGCGCCGUUGACGCCCAGCUGCACCUCCUCUCAGUCCUUCUGCGCGGCGACAGCGGCCAGGUUGAGGCCCGGCGGCUCCACCAGCACGCUGGCGGCAUCCAGUUCCUGGCGGCCAUGCUCGAGCUCGAGCACCGCGUCACCAAGCUCGAGCCCGGGAAGCCCGACCAGGCCUACGACGAGCUGUGCCAACGGGCUGCUGACGUUGCAGGCCGGCUGCGGUGCCUGGGCGCUGCCGCCGAGCGCCAGGAAGACUUGGACGAGCUCAACCACCUGGGCGUCGAGCUGGCCGCCGCCGCGGACGAGUCUCGCAGGCUCGCGGCCCGUGCGAGCCACGUCACCGGCGCCGGCCUGCUGCCGGGCAAGGGUCCGGCCACGCCCAAGCUGCCACGCGAGGACCCGUCGAGCAAGUGGGACUGGGUCCUGGGCGCGGCCGCCGCCGCACAGUCCGCCGGCACAGUCGAGUCCGCCAUCAUGUCGGCCGUGGUCGACAACUCGCGGCUGCUCACCUCCCUGGCCGCCCAUCGGUUGGCCACGUCACGCGACGCUCUUCACUGUCUGACUGCGAGACAGACGCCCGACGAAGCGCGGGCGGGGCCGUCUCACUGGGCGCAGCUGCGGCGCAUCUUCAGGCGCUGUGGCACGCUGAGCGCCCUGGCGGCCAGCCUCGUUGCCGAUCGGUCCGCGGUUCUCCUCUCGUCUGGCGACACCGGACGACUGUGCGAGGUGGGCGUGGCCGACUUCGUGCGACAGCAGGUCUACGCCGCUGUGUUCGAGGUCAACAAGCUGUCGCUCCUCCUCCAGACCGUGUGCAGCACCCUGGACUCUUCGGCUGCUGCGCGUCACAAGGGAGCGGGGCUUGGGGGCCACGACCGAGAGGUGGCGGCACUGCAGGAGCAGAGCGAGGAGCUGGCCGGUCGGGUCUCGGCGCGGCUGAACAGGUUCGAGGCGGUGGUGGCCGCAGCACUGCCACCCACCACGCCGGCCGAACAACUGCGGCUAGCGGGCGUCGCGGCCGAAACGAUCUCGCAAUAG